UCCUCCCAUCCAUCUCCCUCUGUCAUCGCCCCCUCCUCGCCUUACCUGUCAUUCUUUCUCAAUAAGGUGGAACGGGGAGAACGAAGGAGGGGGAAUAAAGCUAUGGGUAAUGUGACGUCGACGGUGGCGGCGAAGUUUGCGUUUUUCCCGCCGGAGCCGGCGACUUACGAGGUGUUCAGGGAGGGAGGAGGGACGGGGAAGCUUUUCUUCUCGGGUGUGUCGGCGGAUAAGAACAUGGAGGUGCAUUUGAUCGAGACCAAGGCUGGGAACAAGAUCAUUGCUACAUUUUGGCGACAUCCUUAUGCACGAUUCACGAUUCUGUAUUCCCAUGGUAAUGCGGCCGAUCUCGGACAAAUGCUCGACUUAUUCAUUGAGCUUCGGGCUCACCUUCGAGUCAACAUCAUGUGCUACGAUUACUCUGGAUAUGGGGCCUCUUCUGGCAAGCCGUCAGAGUUCAAUACUUACCAUGACAUAGAAGCCGUUUAUGAAUGCUUGAAGAGAGAGUAUGGGAUACUGCAAGAAGAUCUUAUAUUGUAUGGCCAAUCAGUUGGCAGUGGACCAACACUGCAUUUGGCUGCGCGCCUGCCAAGACUGAGAGGUGUUGUCUUGCACAGUGCAAUCUUGUCUGGAAUAAGGGUUUUAUAUCCUGUGAAGAUGACAUUCUGGUUUGACAUAUUUAAGAAUAUUGACAGAAUACGACUUGUCAACUGUCCUGUUCUUGUAAUACAUGGAACAGCUGAUGAUAUUGUCGAUUGGUCUCAUGGGAAACGCCUGUGGGAGCUCGCCAAAGAAAAAUUUGACCCAUUAUGGAUCAAAGGCGGUGGCCACUGUAAUCUGGAAACUUAUCCCGAGUACAUAAAACAUCUGAGGAAAUUCAUGAACGCAAUGGAGAAGCUCUCCAUGACAAGGUUGCAGGCAAGGCAAAACAAUCAACCUCCCUCAACCAUGCCUGAAGCAAAGCAUAAUAAAUGCUUGAGAUUUGGCAAGAAGUGAACUUCAGGUUCGUGUGACAUAUUCUUUCAUAUGAUGUUAGCCUCUCUUCUCGAAGCCUAUGGAGCUGAAUGAUUACUGGCUCUGUUGAACUGCACUGAAUUUCUGGCAAGACAAGCGCAAGAGAAGUUCAGGUUAACUUUUUUAGUCUCCCUGCAAAGUUCUGAAAUUGAUUUAUGAAGCUUAUUUGAUUGCCCAUUAAUUGAAGAUAUGGAAACUUUCUUCUGGGAUUGGAUUCAUGGUUUGCCCAGCUUUAGAGAUAGUAAAUGAAUUGCCAAAAGUCAUGGUUUUUGUACACAAAAUCAAGUUCUAAAAAAAAGAAAUGUGUAUAUGUUUGGUUCUCCAUUACUUUCACACUCUUGCUUUCAAAAUGAUUUCAAUUUUUUUCUUCUA